UGACGUGAACCCGGAAGAGAUUGGGGCGGGGCCGCGUCGACUCGGAAGCGGUCGGCGGCGGGCCGGCAGGGCCGGCGCAGCAGCAGCAGGAGGAGGUAGAGAGAGCGGCGGCCGUCUGGCCAGGAUGGCGGGGACGGCGCUCAAGCGGCUUAUGGCCGAGUACAAACAACUGACGCUGAAUCCUCCGGAGGGCAUUGUAGCAGGGCCCAUGAAUGAAGAGAACUUUUUUGAGUGGGAAGCCUUGAUCAUGGGUCCAGAAGAUACCUGUUUUGAGUUUGGCGUUUUCCCUGCGAUCCUGAGCUUUCCCCUGGACUACCCGCUCAGCCCCCCGAAGAUGAGGUUCACCUGUGAAAUGUUCCACCCAAACAUUUACCCGGAUGGGCGGGUCUGCAUCUCCAUCCUGCACGCCCCUGGAGACGACCCCAUGGGUUAUGAGAGCAGUGCUGAGCGCUGGAGCCCGGUGCAGAGUGUGGAGAAGAUUCUGCUCUCAGUAGUGAGCAUGUUGGCAGAACCAAACGACGAGAGUGGCGCCAAUGUGGACGCUUCCAAAAUGUGGCGGGACGACCGCGAGCAGUUCUACCGCAUCGCCAAGCAGAUCGUGCAGAAGUCCCUGGGGCUCUAGGACCGCCCCACUCCGCCCCCUCCCCCGCUUCCCCUCCCCCACCCCCCUCCUUGCUCUCGUCACCUCCCGCCGAUGGGCACGAAUUUAUGGGCACCGCAGCGGUCUCUGCUGGGGGGCGGAUGCAGCGUCUGCCCUCUGGCAGUAUUCCUCGGCUCUCUGGCCGUCUGGCCCCCAGGCGCCCCUGCUUGAUGGACCAUGGCGCUCCCUGCAAGUCGGUCCAAGUUAAAGGCCGGGUGGUGUUGGAAGCGGGUUCCCGGCCCGCGGGCGCCUCGUCCGCAGGCAGAUUCUGUGCUGACGAUCUGACAAAUACACAUUGUUGCUAUCCCCAGUGGGCCGAGCUUCCUUUCAGCCGAGCAUUCUGCCAAAAACUUUUGGCCAAUAGCCUUUUGUAGAAUGUGGGUCAGUGGGGGGGAGGGAGGUGGGGGGGAGAAGGAGUAUUAAAUAGGAAAAAAUCUUCAUCAGCGCAGCUUAAAUAUCAAGAGGCAUUUGGGCAACGUUCAAAGGUCGCGCUGCGGUCAGCCGGGAGUCGCUGACUGCAGACCCGAACCCUCCGAGCCCCUUGAGAAGCCCUCUGGACGUUGUGGGUCUGCCGCCCAGAGCCGAGACCUGAGAUUCUAAGCAAUAACGGGCUCGUUGCCAACAGAACCGGCCACUUGGGCCUGCUAAAUUUUAGCGGGCAAGAUUUAAAUAGGAAUUUCUAUUUUUCAAAUCCGAGAAAUAAGGGCGUCGGAGGUUCGCAUUUCCCUUUCGUUUUCCCUUCGAGGGCCCUUCACGGAAACCCUCCCCCAGGCUUUUGGUCUGCGGUGCCCCCAAGGGGUCCUGGACUGGCCGAUUGGAUUCGGAUUCUCACCUUCAGAAGGGAAUUAGGUGGUUUGGUGUGAAGUGAAAGCCUAAGGGUGAGGAGAGGGGGCAAGUGCCCCCAAGCUGGGUGGGUGGUUCGGGGCUCAGUGAGGUCGAGAGCGGCAGCUUCGUGCGGAGGGAGGGGGAUGUCGGUGAGGGGUGAGGAGCCGAUAAAAUCAGGUGGCGGCUAUGGAGUGGAAAAUCCUUUUCAAAAUCAAAGUAUUUUUAUUCGUUUGUAUUUAUUUUGUAACCUCCUCCCGCGCAGUUCACUUUACCGUAGAGUUUAAUGGCUUUGUUAAAAAUAAAGUUCUAUAUUGACCCCC